GGUCCUUGGAAGCCCUUGGCAAGCUAAUGGAGACUUUGCUGGAGGAAGAACCAACUGCAGACUGGUUCCAGGAAAUGUUUGAAGCCAGCCCAUGAACCUGGGGCCAGCGGAGGAGGAGCUGAACUGUCUCCGUGAAGAACUAACAACAGCUCCAGACCCUGAGGCUCUGUUUCAGGCAUCUUCCAAAAUGGCCAGGGUUGUUAGUGAGUAUUUCCCUUCCAAACAGGCCACAGACUUUAUUGAGGCCACAAUGGAUAGUAUGCUGUCUGCUAGCCCCACCUGUGCCACGGCAGCUGGACUAUGGCUGAAGAUCAUCCUACAGGAGUGUGGAGAUGCCAUGCUGGACCAGGUGCCAACUAUCCUGGAUAUAAUAUAUAGCCACAUGUCUAAUAUCAAGGAGGACAGCUUGAGGCGGUUCCUGCUGGAAGCAGUGUCCAUUCUAGCUCACCAUCACCUAGAGGCAGUGAUCUCCAGCCUCCUCAGAAAACGUCUGCCAAUGAACCGUGACACCACUGAGCUGUGGAGAUCUCUGGGGGGAGACCCCUUGCUUGCCACUCAAGUCCUACAGGUCCUAAUAGAAAAAAUAAAGACUUCAACAAGCCAAGAAGGAAGCGUCACCUCAGAGACUGAAACUGACAGGCAUUUGGCAGCUGCUGAACCUCUCUCAGCAACAUGUGCCAUCUUUGAGGUGGUGUCAGCACUGCAGUCGAGCAAAGCUGUGCAGGAGCUGCUCCCAGAGUUGUUUCCUGUUCUCCUGCAGCAGGUCAGCCGAACCUUAGGCCAAAAGAUGCCUUUGCCAGUGAUCAGCAGCCCGAGCCUAGUCCGAAGAGACCGACAACAUACUGAAGGCAACCCUUGCCAGUUUUCUGUCCAAGCAUUAGAAUCUGUGCUUUUCAAAGUUGGGAAUGCGAGACUGAUGAGAGAACUCAGGGAGCAGAGAACGUGGAUUCUGCUUGAAAACCCUCAGACUCACCAUGAGGGAGUGUGUCUGCUGGUGAGUGUUCUGCUAAAAUCUGAACUAGUAACACCUGAGAUCAUCCAGAACCUCCUCCCCUGGGUGAAUUCCCCGACAGAAAACUACCGAGUCACGGGCACAGCUUUCCUUGCCCAGCUAAUGAGUGAUCCCAUGCUCAGGGAGAAGAAGUUCCUUAAGAGUGUCUUACGCGUCUUGGAAGAAAGGUCACAGGAUAGGAACAGCAUUGUCCGUCAGAUGGCUGUAAGAGGCCUGGGAAAUAUAGUCGAUGGGGCGCCUGAGAAGGUGAAAAAGCACAAGAAGUUUCUUCUGGACAUACUGAUCGGGGCCUUACAUGACAUUUUCAGUUCUGAAGUCAUUGGCGAGAGCAUGAAAGCACUGGCCAAAGUCCUGAAGGAGCUGAAAGAGAAGGACAUCGGUUCUUCCUUCAGAGACCUCACCCAACAGAUCAGGACCUACUUUGACGAUGAGGAUGAUGCUCUUCGCUCAGUGGCCUUUGUCCUAUUUGGCAUCCUGGCUCAGUUGACAAAGAAAAAAUGGAAGGCCUAUUUCACCGAGGAGGUUCGAAAGAGCUGGGUCACGCUUCUGCUGCACCUGCAAGACCCAAACCCCCAGGUUUCAAUGAAAUGCAGAGCUACAUUUCACCUCUGUUUCCCGUUUUUGGGACUGAAGAGACUCCAACACAUGAUUAAUAAGCACCUUGAUGACACAGCCGAGCUGAAUCCUACAGAGCUCCAGGAGGACAUUUGCAGACACCUUGCCAAAGAGAAUUUAGAACUGCUGCAGGACUUAUACAAAACCACCCUCACGUACUUCUACAGCAGCUGGGAAGGGAUCCGGGCAGCUGCCGCCAAGUUAGCUG